UUAUUAUUAUUAUUAUUAUUAUUAUUAUUGUUAUUAUUAUUAUUAUUAUUAUUAUUAUUAUUAUUAUUAACAGGAGCACAGUGAAAACAAAAAAAAUACUUCAUUAAUGGAAUCAGGCGCCCGCCACGAAAACCCCAGAACAGUUUGGUGCUCUUGCGCAAUGUCGAUAUGGUGAUAACCGCUUUUCAAAUCAAAGGAAACCAUGUACGCGUCUUUCGCAAAAUAAAACAUAGCAAUUUUCCAGUCCUCGUACUUAACACUUUGCUUAAUUAAUGACUUAUUGACAUGGGGCAAAUCAAGAACUAACCUCUUCUUACCGCAUGGCUGUAUAGAAACUGACAAGGGAUUUACAACAAAAGGCUGCUCAUUAACCAUACGCACCCGACCAUAGUUAACAAGCUCAAGAACAGCUUGGUCCACAAAAUCAACAUGAAGUCGAGCUGACUUAUUAUUUCUUAGCUUUACAGCCAACGGAAAACUGAUGAACGGCAGGCUGUAGCCGUUUUCAAUAAUAGACAAAUAAAAUCCGGACCACCUAUAGAUCUCCAGAAACCUAAAUUAUUCUUUAAAUUACCCUUAACACUAAAUGAAUGUCCGCUUUCAAGUUCGUAAUUCUGUGUAAUUUGAUCUACCUGCGCCAAGUCAUCUUCAUUGCUUUGGUUGAGUUGAUUGGCCUGCAGUUGGCUUGUUGUAGGAGAUUCCACGGCAAGUAUUGUAAGAGGGUCUGAAUGGGGGGGUCCACUUGUCGGUUGUCGGUUAAAAUUCAGUAAUUUUGUCGGUAGUCGGUUAAAAUUUUCGAUCUUUGUCGGUAGUCGGUUAAACUUUUCGAUUUUCGCCGGUUGUCGGAAAAUCUCAGUUAAUAAGUAAAAACGCUUGUUAAUUAUUUAUAUUUUUUAUGUAUUUCACCCACUUUUCAAGACUUUGAUCCCUAAGGAAAGAGUAAAACUUGCAAGAAUGCAUCAUUUGAUUGCGCCUAAACCGUUCAUUAACUCUUGUUUUUUAUGCAACAUGAACGUUUACUUCAUCAUUGUUUGCCAUUAAAUGAAUAAUUAGUACUGAUAAAAUCACCCAAGCUUUUAUUGUAAAUGCGAACUUGGUUUCCCCAUGUCGACUACAGGGCACAGUAAAAAGUAAUUAUUUCAUUACUUACUGGACUCUAGCCUUUUGGUGACUUAAAUUAUUUUCAUUGAAAAACUGCAAGGGAUGACAGGCUGCACAUCUAUCCCUCUCAUGUUUUGGUUCUAACAAGCAUGUCCUUUGCCAUAAUUUUCGUUCCUCAAAGAAAUAGCACUUUAGGUGGUUCUUUAAAAUUUUGGCAAGGUAGUGGCUGGUUUUGUAUGAGAUUCCACUUCUUCAUUAAAGCUUCUUUUUUAUAGACACUAAGGGCUAGGAUUGUGUCAGGAAGAAAAAGACUGAAAUAUUGCCUUGCGUGGUUGUUUUUUUUCAGGAGCGCUGCCUUCCUUUCUGUGAGUCUUACUUCUAAUAGCAAUUUUUCUUUCAAAAUUGGGUGCCUAGCCUCUGUCCAACAAGCGCUUUUGAAAUCUGAAAUACUUCCUCAGAGGAGUUUGUUCGUAGGAUUCUCAAGGCUUCUCCUUUGUCAAACAGGCGCUUUAACAAUUGGUGGGUGAUAUGAGGUGAAAUUGUAUAUACUGUAAACGUCUGUAAGGUUUCCGUUUCAAAUGCGUCUUUACGUCAAAGAUAGCUUUUUCUCAUUUUUUCGCUGAAUGUUGUACCUCGGUAUACAACCGUUUCUAAAAGGAAUGUGUCAUUUUCAGAUCUUUCGGCCUUGAAUUUCAUAAGAGGGCAUGUAAGUUUACUUGUUCCGCGAAGAAAGCUACGAUGUCUGGUUUACUUAUGUCCCAUAGGGAAAAAAUGUCAUUUAUGUAGCGUUUUCAAACUGUUGGUUUAAAGACGGUUUUGCUUAAACUUUGUGUUUCAAUAUGUGCCAUGAAAAUGUUGGAAAGGAAACUGCUGUCUUUCUGCUCAUCGCGGUAACGUGGGUUUGUACUGAUAGUUCUUUACAUUAAACGGGAAAGCAUUUUCUUUGAGGGUUAAUCUAAGAAAAAAACGUUCGGUUUUUUCACCUUUGACUUUUCAAUAAAAUUUAUAAAGUCGGUAGCAUCUUUAAGGUGUGACUUUGUGAUUUUGAUAUUGGCUGUAGCAAUGUACCUGUAUCAACAACAAAAAAAGGAAAUUCUUUCCCUUAGGCCAUCUGAUGAGUCAUAAAUUUAAAGAGGUUGCUUACUUCCUCGAGCUAACGGCGAACUAACUUUUGGGCGAGUGAAAACUUAUCCGGGCGAGUGCAUUUUGAGGGUUACUCGCCCGAAUGGCGAGUGCUCUCAAAAUUAAGUGUCCAACCCUGUUUUCUGGAAAAAAUAUUGAUAAUAUCAGCCCAUGUCGGUAGUCGGUUAAUAUUUUUCCUGUCGGUAGUCAGUAAUAUUUUUCGCCCUUUGUCGCUAGUCGGUUAACCCCAUUCACACCCUCUUGUAACUAAGGGACUGGUAGCUUCCCGGCCAGAACAUGGAUCUACAGUCCUCGGUCCAGUGUCCAAAUUUGCUGCAUUUGAAACAACGAAAGAAGUCGCCAGAAGCGUCUCUACGGCCUGAAAGAUAAAAGCAAUGACGAAACCUGUAGUAAACCGGAGGAGGGGCGUAAACCAGAAAGAUGAAUAAACUGUAUGGAACUGCGAGCGUGAAUGGUACUCAAGAGACAGCGGAGAGUAUAAGUACUAAUAACUGGCCAAUCAGGACACCCAUGUAAAACGGAAUGCACAAUAGUGGGUGCGGCAGGUGUGAAACGAAAACAACUGCGACUAAUUACUUGGCGACUGAUUACUUGGAAUAACAGCAGAAAAUACUUUUACGUUUUAAUUCGCUUCGCUCAAACGAAUGUAAAUCAUUUUACCCUUAGAUUCCCGUAAUACAAACAAAUCACACGAGAAAUAUGGUAGGAUGCGCAAGUGGAUCCAAAACACAUAUGAAUAUACAAAGUAAAGAGGAGGCUCUUUUUCUUACUACGAAAAAGCUGAUUAUCAGCGCCCAAAGCAGUUCUUAGUUUCUUUCCACGAUCACUGGAGAGUUGUUCCUUUUAUUUUAUUUUAUUUAUUAUUUUGCCACACAGAAUGAAUUACAAGCAGAAUAAAAAUGAUAAUAAAUAAGUUAAUAAACAUUAAAUUUAAAAUUUGUACAUUACUUGGGAGGAGUGACUGUGGCGGGGAAAUCUCCGAGAAGCCGAGCUUAUGAGGAAUAGAGAUUUCCCCCACGGGCAAUUUAAAUACUAGGCGGCAUUUUAAGAAAUAAAGAAAAACGUCGUUUAUUUAAGUAUAUAAGCGUGUUUAGAGGAAAAUAUAGAUAUAAGGUGUUAAGGUAUUUAGGUUCCUUUUGACGUCUCUUGCGGCUCUCCGCUUCUCUUGCCUUCUUAAGACGCUUUUCAUCUUCGGAGCCGGAUGCAAGUUCGUCCGACUCGUACUUGGCUACAACCUGCCAGCCGUUCCUACUUUUAUCAGCGAUUUUUAUCAGCUUCUGUCGCUUUCGAAUACGUUGCUUGCCUUCUUGGGAAACGUCUUGGUUUGCGAAAAAAUGGGGCUCGAUGCUUUCACUUUCAAUUUCAAUGCUUUCAAAAAUGGCAUUUAAUUCGGCAUUAAGCUCAAAUUGUUUCUGGUUCCCUUUGAACUUUAGCUGUGCUAGCUUACUCCUUUGUUCGAUUUGCUUCCCUUUAUCUUCUAAUUUUUUCUCAAGAAAAUCCUUAAACAUGGAAAAGACUUGAUCAACGACUGCUGAGUUGCCUCCACUAUCACCUGAAGACGUUUGGCUUACUUCAGCCGGCCCGGACGAACCUUCGCUCUGUUUUUGGUCGUUGGGCAUCACACGAAUAGGAAAACACAAACCAGAAAGAUGAAUUAACUGUCUGGAACUGCGAGCGUGAAUGGUACUCAAGAGACAGUGGAGAGUAUAAGUACUAAUAACUGGCCAAUCAGGACAUCCAUGUAAAACAGAAUGCACAAUAGUGGGUGCGGCAGGUGUGAAACGAAAACAACUGCGACUAAUUACACCUUUUGCUGUUCAUUACUAGAAAAUACGCAAUCAUUUGCGUAAAACCGCGACCAAUAGCGCGAAGAUACAUUCAUUAGCGCGAAAAAGCGAACAUUUGCGCAUAAAUCAGAUUCAAUAACGAUUUUUGCAUUUUAAUCAACAUUCAAUAACACUUUUGGGCAUUCAUAUGGGUCAUUGGGCAUACAAAAGAGAAAAAUAUACUUUCAUUAACGCCAACAUCAAAGUCAUUAACACCAUCUUGACAGUCAAUAGGGACAACUGACAUACAUUAAAGUGCAAGCACUAUUCAUUAAUAUUUUUAUGACACUGUUUACAAUUCAAUAGCAUUCCUGGACAACCUUAGGAUGGAUAAGACAAACAUUAAUGCGCUUGUACAAUCAAUUGAGUGUUCUUUACAUUUAAUAUGCAAAAAACGAUUUUCAAUUAAACAAUAGAAAUUCCCCCCAAAAUUGGCCUGAAUUUGUUUAAAGAAUCACGCCGUACUUCGCCACUGCUUGUUCGUCGACGGCUGCGGGUAUACAUUUUCCUUAGACGGCCAGAAGUCAUGGUGGGGCGCGACAGGGAGUGGAGGGCGUACCGCUAAGUGUGCGGCCAAAGAGGACGAAACUUGACUAUGACCAUGGCAAUAUCACCUAUUAAUGUUUUCGUCGGCAUCUGCUAGAGUAAUGAAUACUGUGUCGGUUUUUUUUCUGGCACGGGCGAGGAAAUAAUGGAUCCCGAUAAAUCGGUGGUCUUUGCGUAUGACGGGGUGCCAGCCCACCUAGAUUUGGCCAUUCCCGCCCCACAUACACAGCUUAUGCUUUCCCCCUCGAUAUCGUUGAAAAGGAUUUAAGUUGUCUGAAAGCGACACCAAAGGCCGACAUCUCGAGUCCGGAAAUUUAAAGAUGUAUAACAGGAAUGAGGGCAAAGUCCUAGCAAUCCCGCUAGCGGAGUUCGGAAACAACAACUGCAUUGCUUGAAGCUCUGCGCAGAAACAUGACAUUGUGACCGCAGCUAAAUGUGCGAAGGGGUACCAUUUCAUACAAACCUACCUCCCAAAAUGUUUGAAUAGCGAGGUUUUUGAGGGAUAUACAUUUAACGGAGUGAAAUUCGGGCCAAUAUUGGGGGGAAUUUCUAUUGUUUAAUUGAAAAUCGUUUUUUGCAUAUUAAAUGUAAAGAACACUCAAUUGAUUGUACAAGCGCAUUUAUGUUUGUCUUAUCCAUCCUAAGGUUGUCCAGGAAUGCUAUUGAAUUGUAAACAGUGUCAUAAAAAUGUUAAUGAAUAGUGCUUGCACUUUAAUGUAUGUCAGUUGUCCCUAUUGACUUUCAAGAUGGUGUUAAUGACUUUGAUGUUGGCGUUAAUGAAAGUAUAUUUUUCUCUUUUGUAUGCCCAAUGACCCAUAUGAAUGCCCAAAAGUGUUAUUGAAUGUUGAUUAAAAUGCAAAAAUCGUAAUUGAAUCUGAUUUAUGCGCAAAUGUUUGCUUUUUCGCGCUAAUGAAUGUAUCUUCGCGCUAUUGGUCGCGGUUUUACGCAAAUGAUUGCGUAUUUUCUCGUAAUGAACAGCAAAAGGUGUACUUAGAAUAACAGAGGAAAAUACAUGAUUGUGCUGCUUAAUUUGGUUUGUUAACAUUUCUCAAAGUCGAUUAAUUUUGUUAUGUUCAACAUCAUCACUAAAGAUGUCAGUGGUAUUUCGUUGCUUUCUGUCUUCAGUGGAAUAACCAAUACAGUAGCGACUUUGCUUAAGAAAGAUUCUUUUGCGGAAUGAUUUCCUAUGAAAGACAAAAAAUCUCCUAUCAAAAUAAGGCCCACUCCUCUCAGCUAAAAUACGUCGUGUACCCGUAAAAAUAUUGUCUGCAAACAAAUACAAUUCUCCCAUUUCCUACCAGCAUAACCUUCUUUCUCAAUGGUGAGUGAUCCCUUGCAGCUGUACAGUGAUGCAGUCUAGAACUGUGUCUUACUGUUAACAUCAACUACAUUUUAAUGCGUGGGCGGUUUAAGGUUUUGCCCGAGAGGACUGCGAAAUUUUUCUGUGAGAUUCCGUAUAACGAAUUCUCAGUAAAAUAAAUGGUAUCUAUAUAGCUUCUAAGUGCCCCCUUAACCUUUUUUAACUUUUUGGAUCCGCCCCUGCAACGAGCCUACCAGUAUCGUAGUUUCAAGCGCUGAAUGGUCAAUGUUCGAAAUAUCCGAGCAGAACAUACAAUUCCUUGAUUCGCACUGACAAGGUGAUAGCACUCAGAACGCCAGCUUUUGAAUUCUUUAAUUGUCCCUUUACAAUUUUUCACAAGGUCUCUUGACAAUAACAAGAUCAACCAGCUUCAUGUUGAUAUAUUUCAUGGGCUCCAAAACCUGGAAAGUCUGUAAGUACAGUUUAGCUUCAUGAGACAUAUAGUGAAUGAAAAUGUGGUAAUUUCCUAGUUUAAAAACAGUAAUAAACUUAAACAAGCCGUCCCUAGGGAACCAAGCACUAAAAGGGUAAAUGUCAACAUGAAAAGGCCAACAUUCGCGGGAAAAAUUGCACGUUUCCCCUUUGAUGCAAUGUUCCCCGCCAAGGACGGCGGGAAACAAUUUUAUUUUAAGUUGUCAUGUGAUCCCAAAGUAACCAAUGAGAGUGCAAUCCAUUAGGAAAAAAUUCAGGUCACAGAAAUAGCGUGUUAAUUUAAUUUGUAGCCUGCGUCAGUAGCAGGCGCUUCGAAGUAAUAUGCGAGAAAGAAUGAGGCGCGAAAGGAAGACUUGCGCGCCCGUUCUUUCCUGAGAGAACUUCCUUCAAGCCCUUGCUACGCAGGCUAGUAAUAUUACACAGAUAGAUACUUAUGAACACGUGUAUUACCUAAAAAGCAUUUUGCCCACGGAGUCUCCAGGACGAUGCUUAUGUAAUUCAUAUAUGUAAUUUUAAUGGCUGACCUCAUAAUCAAAUGCAUAAAAAAUGAAAAUAAAGAGUUCCUAUGCAUGUUUACGACACACAAGCAAAUUCACCAUUAAGCCUCGCUGUGAAAUUAAAAAUCAGCGAAGUUUCACAAAAAUUUAUUUCCAAGGCAGUAUAGUUGAAUUGAAUUCUCACGCACGAAAAAAGUGCUAAUGCAAAAACUUUAGUUCACAAACGCGCCUUGGUGGUGAAAUUUACUCGUCCUGAGGUAAUCAUAUGCAUGCAUAAAGGGCUGUUGAAAUUGCUAGACAUUAUUUAACUACUAGACCACAAUUUAGGCCAUAGAAAUGACGUUAUUAAACUGAAGUGGAACCACGAGCUGCAGGCGAGGUGGUUUCACUGCAAAGUUUUGAACAAAUUAUGGCGUCAUUUCUAUGGUCUAUAAGAGUGUAGACCAUGGAAAAUUGUGGUCUAUUGGUUUUUACAAUAACAUUUAUUUUUUUACGAAAAACCAACAACAAAACAACCGGCACUGCGAGAUAUGUUACGUUAUUUCCAUUGUCUAUACUCUCAUAGACCAUAGCUCUAGACCAAUAUCGGCGAGCGAGGAUUCCCUCAGCUAUUGGAAAAAAUGAAGCUGAAUUUUCUCCAUAAAAUAAUACGUCAGUGUUUCGGUUCACUGCAAAAACUCAAGGACUAAAUAAGAAGACAAGUCAAGACAGACAAGACAAGACGAUGAUUUAUAAAGUCAACUCAGUUUUACUUAACAUAAAGGUUAAAUUCAAAUACGCAUCUAAACACAGUACAACUAAGGAAUAAAAGAAAAAUUGUGACAACAAAAUAGAGAGCGAGUUGAGAUCAUCCAAAUAGCAAAGGCUAAUCUAGUGGAUGACCCCUGCAAUGAAAUACAAUUUCAGACAUAAUUAAGAAUAUAUCUAUAUUUUUUUACAAAACGUAAUUCUUUAUGCGCUAGUCAGAUAAUCAUGAAUUAGAGAAACAAUUGAGGAUAGAGUUCUUAAGGGUUUUACGAAAUAUUCUAAGGGAAUUUGAAUUAGUUAUACUUGUAGGCAAGGAGUUUCAAAGGCGGGGACCAGUGAAUAUUAGGGAGCGUAAGCCUUAUUGGGUGGUGUUAGACAGAUCAAGUGAUUUAAAGGCACAGUGCCCCGACUGCGGGCACGUGCGAGUGGCAUCUGUUUUUUCUUCAAAAGACAAUAGAGCUGUCAUAUUGAUUCGACAAGAUUUCCUUCCGGACCGCACCGCCAACGAAGAUUUGUUGUUUACAUUUGUUGUUUUUUUUUAAAGUACAAUUACUAAUUAGAACUGCUUGUAAAUAGUGCAUUGUAGUGUGAGUAGUGAGUAGGUAGUGUUGUAAUUACUGAGUAUUGUAAGUCUUUACAUUGUAAACAGAGUAAGUACCUUAGUCUAUUGUAUUCUAAAUAUUGUAUUGUAAGUCGUGUAAGUAUCGUAGUGUUUGUAAGUAUUUUUGAUUGUUGAUUGUUGAUUGAAUAAAUGUUAUUAAAAAAAAAAAAAAAAAAAAAAAAGAUUUCCUUCCGGACCGCACCGCCAACGAAGAUUUGUUGUUUACAUUCUCAACUGAGGAAUACUUUAGACUUUCCAAGAAGAUUUUUUGUCUUAUUUAAAAUUUGGCUCGCGGCACGAAGACUCAUAGCGAUUUUGUCGCUAUAGGGCCGCCUCUCGACCCGAAAAUCUUGUUCCGCUCGCUUUAAAAACAGCUUUUCUAAUGUGAAACUCGUGUCAGAGGUCAAUUGUUCCAAGUCCAGUAAUAUUUGCCUGAUUUGCUCGCGUUCUAGCCUCAAACGUUUGAAAGAAAAAAUAGAAAUGCAAUCUCAACGCGAUGAAUUAUCGUAAAGGUUAGUCAAAAAUUAUAUGAUUUCAUUGCACUAGUUUUUCUAAACAUGAAGCGCCUGUUUGUGAUUUUGUCGGCCGUUCGGUAGGUUCAUUUAAAAGUUUAGUAAUGAACGCGUCGUUGCAAAACAUUCUGCUUCACGAAGCUUAAUUCCACAAGAUCUUCUCAGUCACAUCCAUGUCUUUCUUACAGUGUCUAUUGUUACUGUUUCAUUUCUGCGUAUUUCUUUCACAAUUAUCUGAGCUUGUAUGGAAGCUGGCAGAAGAAAUAAGCCUUCAGUCGGCAUCAAAGCGCUUCCCAUCUUUUGGUCCUCUGGCCAACGGCAAUAAAAGUAACGCCAAAAAUUCCCGAUUUCGCCCAAAUCGAAACUCAACAAGAACAAUAUAUCAUUACUCUCCUCGCAUCUUUUGAUUUUGCGACAUGGUCCAAAAAUCAAAGUUUGGUGCAUCCGCAGUAACGGAAUACUGUUCCUUUAACGUCUUCUGAUAAAUUGUUGCCACGCAAGUGUUUGUUUAUAAGUAAAUAUUUAUUUUUUGUAGGUGUCUGCAGGAAAACUUGCUUAAAGCGCUGCCGUUAGAGGUAUUCAAUGGCCUCCAGAGUCUAAAGAAUUUGUGAGUAGUUUCUUCUACCGUGCAUGUUAUAGCGAAGCGCCGUGCGUGGGCGGUGCCCCAUACCUAAGUAAAUCUGCCUAUCCCAGAAAAUUUGGUAAUCACGUGACCGUACACCGACUGAGCGAGCGACCGAGCGUCCGUCCGCACCACAGGGAUACCAAUGUUUACUCUCAUUUUUUAGCUAGUUUGGGAGCCCAAAACUAAUUGCACAUCAAUGUAAUGUAACACUGUCAAGUCGAGUCGCGUAUUUUUUGGAGUUAUCCGCUGACAAAUUAUCAGUUUAAAAUUAUCGCAGGCUCAAGUUUAUUUUUUCCAAUGAUUCAUAUCAAAUAUGUUGUGUUUAUGUCACUCUGACCCACACUAUUAGGAUUUUGAUUGCAAACUGACCUCGGACGCAAAAAUUCAGCCAGCUUUUUAAUAAUACAGGCAGGGAAGACCUUUUCUUACCAUGGUCACGCGUUAGUCACGCUCUACGUCCAAUUUUAUGCUCUGAUUGGUCAAAAUUUGACAAGUGAGUUCAUACGUAAAAUUUAUGUAGCAUCUUGAAAGUUGUUUACUUUGACAGCUGAAGCUGACAGAGUUUCGAGUCAACUUGCGAUGUUUUAACUGUCUUUUUCCUCAGGAUGUACAAAAUGAAAUACAGCGGCUAUCAAGAGUCUUCUGUUAUUCAUGGUUGGUUUGGUUAACGGGUUGUUGGUUGAGAAAUGUCUCGCUUGUCAAAAUUCGUUAAUUCGAUUUUGGAUGGCAUCGUUUUCGUUUUUCACCUUACUUAAUGCGUAGGAAAGUUUAAAAGUCUCAAGUAACUUUGGCCUUCCUUGAUAGCUUUCACGAACUGAAUCUCGAAUGGUAAGCUUGAGUAAUUAUGAGAUAUAUUUUCUCACCGCAAAUAGAAAGAAAACGUUCCGAAGAAUAUUUAGUCAUAAAUUUGGCUAUAGAAAGAAAACUUUGAGCGUUUUUUUCGCUUCGAGGAGUUCAUCUUUGAAAACAGUAAACACCGUGCCGGGAAGCCGGCUUAAAACAUAAACUUAAGCUUUACGCUUAAGGACUCAGGAUUUUUAGAGACACGUUAAUACUUGUCUUCGUAAAUGAAAAUUGUUGUCUUUGUAGAUGUUUCACCGAAUGAUAUUUAUUUUAGUGAUUGUUAGUAGUCUCUCUUGCAAUUUUAAUCGCUUGUUUGUGCCGCUUGUUUUCAUCGUUCAUAAACAUCGCUUGCAAAAGUACUCAAAAAUGUCGCGCGUAUCAAACACUUUAUAAGAGUACACAUCGUUAUAACUGAAACCGUUGAAUGACAAAAAUAAUAAUAAUAAUAAUAAUAAUAAAUUCGUUAUUACGUUGAAGCGUAACUCUAUUAAAUAUCAUUCAAACACUCGAACACACUGACAGUUCGCACUAUAUAUUAUAGAAAUGAGAACCGGCUGGCCGUAUGGGUGAUUUUGGAAAUUUUUUGAACGGUUUCGCUAAGAGCCCAAGAUUGAUCGUCCUGAAUAUUGACUGAGUGCAAUUUGUCUUGAAAAAUUGUGACAUACUGCAUUCUGUCCGAGGUCUGUAUGAUAAAUAGUACUGUGUCACCUCAGAUAUGAUGUAUAAAAAGUAUAAAAGGUUGGUUUACACAAACCUAGAUUUGUUGGCAAGAAUUUGUAAAGUAAACCUGUCGAACGCAAAAAAAUUCGGCCUGACUUGUUUUCCAACAAUUUGUUUACGAGGCCUAAUCUACUGUGAUCUUGAAUGUGAUCGAAGAUGUUUGCUAUUUUCUGGGUGUACAUAUAAGGCUAUCAACUCGAUGUAAGAUGUUUUACUCUAAAAUAACUUAGCCUUUCCCUCAAAAGUCACAUGACUGUGUCUUUAAGUUAACUGAUUUGUGGAUUACAAGUUUAUUGUUUGAUUUAAAUGAUAAAUUUAUUAACGGGAGCUUCGCUUUUAGCCCUGGCUAAGUCUAUAUAUUAUAGAUCUAAAAUUACGUAAAGUUUCUUUUGUUUUAAAAGAUGCGUUACAGAUUAAUUUUGCCGAAAAACUCGGAUAGACGUUGAGUUUGUAUGGGAUUAGAUCUAGCAAACAUGACAAAUUUAUUUUGCAUUUUAUUAUUAUUAUUAUUAUUAUUAUUAUUAUUAUUAUUAUUAUUAUCAUUAUUAUUAUUAUUAUUAUU